CGAAAUGUCACUGCUUUUUGUGGAGAUAAAGCCCUUUUGAAAACGACGGACCUCCGGACAGAAGGCUGAGCGGCACGGACUGAGACUCCCGGGGGCUUUUAUUUUCAACUGUGGGCAAACUGGGUUACUGACCUGGAUGGUCCCUGUUCUUACUCGGAUGAAACCACACGCCCAAGCAAGAGACUAUGUCGGUGGAUGUUGCUGCCUUCAGUGUCCAGGUUAGGUUACAGUAAACGUCAAAUACGUAGGCUAUUUAAAUAAAGUCGGAGACGGAAGACGCUAGCAGGGACUGGAAACCUACAACGUUGAACGCUCAGAAUAAAUAGGGUCUACUAAAUUAUUAUUAUUAUUAUUAAUAAUAAUAAUUAUUAUUGUUAUUAUUAUUAUUAUUAUAAAAAGGGCAGGUUUUAUGAUAAAGGAACCAUGGAGCCAGUGUGGAUCUCUUCAUCGCCUUAUUUUGGCUCGCGCCCUCGGAUCAGAGCCACUGUAAAGCUGCAUCGCCUUCAUGCAAACCUUCGCUGACAACAUUUUCCACCUUGUUGCCGCCGUGUGUUGGUGUGUGCCUCUCUUAAAGAAGUCGUGGAUAUUAAAGGAAGAAAAUAAAACCUCUCUACAAGAGUAUCGUUGAACCACGCGUGCUCUCGAGGCUGUAGGAUAAUGAGAAAUGCUGGCAUCUCUUUAAUGUCUCCAGAGAAGAAGAGUUUCUUUUGUAAUCGAGCUGGGCUCGUCAUCAUCUCAAAUGUAGCCCAGCAGAGGCGACUGAAGCAGGCCGCUGCACAUAAACGGGGGCGGGUUUGUUGUGCUGGAAGACUCGGCUGCUGGAUGCUGAACAUGGUGCCACUUUCCUGCUCUGUGUUGAAUACCUGCCGCCCAGUCGUCGGCUCCUGUCUUUGAUUCCCUCAUCUGUCUUAUUAAAAUGGACAGGGCUUUUUUUGUGCACGGCUAUUCAUGGACGAUCAACCGGCUCACGAGUGGCCAUGCAUGUAGGAUUUAGCCUGGACCGGCUUGUGGGGAUGUAGGGCGAAUAUCCAGUGGAUAUUUGCAAACACGCUCAGCACUACAGAGGAAUCAGCCCGUGUUCAAGGAGAUGGCAGGCGGGGGAGGUGCAUCAACACUGGGCUGGAAGAGAAAUAACGAGGACCCCUGCUCAGAGGAUUUCAAACACAGACUGCGGUUUUAUUGGCAGCUUAACUAGUCCAUAUUUCUGUCAAAAUAAUCCAUCCUGGCUUUUAUAAUAUCACAUCAUAGUGUUUCUGUAUUUCUCAGAGUAAAGGCAUUAUUUCUGAAUGGGCUGAUCUAUAUUUAUUGAGUCCAAAGAUUCAAAAAUAUACAGUAGUCAACAAUAAGCCCUGAUGUAGGUUUUCUUAAAUUAAGGUAAUCUGCUCUUAAUUGCAACACCGAUGUAGGAAAUCUUUUAUUUCGUUACUCAGUAUUUUUAUUAUCUGAGAGAAAAAUGUCAACCAGGAACUUUUCACUCUGAAGGCAUCUUUCUAAAUGUGUCAUCAGACCUGCUGCUUGUGAAACAAUCAUGCUAUAGAAUCGGGGCCAGCUUUCUAAAAACACAACUGUGGAAACAGUCAAUUUUUAUUGGGAGGGAGGCUACACUCAUGGAUCCAUUUGACAUGCUGAGCAUUGUCCCUGAGUGAACCUGCCUUUGGGAAUACAUGUUACUUACACACUCUGUAUCAAUAGAACAGCAGCAACUGGUGACAGGAUUUGGCACAGUCUCAAACGCGGUAUGUGGUGAUGGGGGGGAGCGGUCACAGCCUCCUCUGAUCCCCUCUCCCCCCCUCUGCCGGUGGUCGAGGACACCUUGUCUCUGUAGAUGGGCCCUGUAUGGAUUUUGUGCUUGAGUUGACAGAGGGCAGGCCAACAGAGUCAAACAGCAGUCAGGCUGCCAUGAACCCAUACGGCAGAGCAAGCAGCACAACAGCCCCCCUGUCCUGCACCAGCUGUGGGGGCUGCUGCUCCCCACCUCCUCCUUGUCUAAUCCCCCUGGGGCCCCCUUCUUCUACCUCCUCCUCCAUGCCCCCGAAUAUGACCCCUCCGCCACCGAUGUUUCCGGCCCCCAUCGUGCAGGUGGAGAAUGGAAGCAGCUGGAACUCCACCAUGUCCUCUUCAGACUCCCCAGACUCCCAUCCAGGUCACCGCUGUGGGGGUAACAACCCAAAUCCCUACUGGACGGCGGUGUUUGACUACGAGGCCACAGCAGAUGAGGAGUUAACCCUGCGGCGCGGGGACCUUCUUGAGGUUCUCUCCAAAGACUCCAAAGUGUCUGGGGAUGAGGGCUGGUGGACGGGGAAGAUCCAGGACAAGGUGGGUAUCUUUCCAAGCAACUAUGUCACAAGAGGCGACUCUGCCAACUACCAACAGCUGACUGCAGGAGGGCUGGUGGUAGGUGGGGUGGGGGAGUGCCCCUUGGAGAUAGACUUCUCAGAACUGCUCCUGGAGGAGGUGAUUGGAGCUGGGGGGUUUGGGAAGGUGUACAAAGGAGUAUGGCGGGGACAAGAAGUAGCGGUAAAGGCCGCCAGGCAAGACCCGGAUGAAGAUAUUAGUGUUACAGCGGAGAGUGUUCGACAGGAGGCCCGGCUCUUCUGGAUGCUCCGGCACCCCAACAUAAUUGCUCUACGGGGGGUCUGCCUCCAGGAGCCCAACCUGUGCUUGGUGAUGGAGUACGCCAGAGGGGGGGCGCUGAACAGAGCGCUUGCUGGAAAGAAAGUUCCUCCACGUGUUCUGGUGAAUUGGGCGGUGCAGAUCGCCACAGGAAUGGAUUACCUGCACAACAAGGCCUUCGUACCCAUCAUCCACAGAGACCUCAAGUCCAGCAAUAUCCUGAUUCUGGAGCCAGUGGAGAGGGACGACCUGAGCGGUAAAAUCCUGAAGAUCACAGACUUUGGUUUGGCCAGAGAAUGGCAUCAGACGACCAAGAUGAGUGCGGCGGGAACGUACGCCUGGAUGGCUCCGGAGGUCAUCAAGCUCUCCCUCUUCUCCAAGAGCAGUGAUGUGUGGAGUUUUGGUGUGUUGCUUUGGGAGCUGCUGACCGGUGAGGUUCCCUACAGAGAAAUAGACGCUUUAGCGGUGGCUUACGGAGUCGCCAUGAACAAGCUCACCCUCCCUGUCCCAUCAACGUGCCCCGAACCUUUCGCUCAGCUGCUAGGAGAGUGCUGGAGCUCAAUCCCUCACAGCAGACCGUCGUUCACCAGCAUCCUGAGGAGACUGCAGGCCAUCGAGCAGUCGUCCAUGUUUCAGAUGCCUCUGGAGUCGUUUCACUCGCUGCAGGAGGACUGGAGGAUGGAGAUCCAGCAGAUGUUCGAUGAGCUGCGGGCCAAAGAGAAGGAGCUUAGAUCAUGGGAGGAGGCGUUGGCUCGGGCGGCCGAGGAGCAGAGGGAGCAGGAGGAGCAGCUAAGGAGGCGAGAGCAGGAGCUGGCGGAGAGAGAGAUCGACAUUGUGGAGCGAGAGCUGAACAUCAUCAUCCACCAGGUGUACCAGGAGAAACCCAGCGUGAAGAAGAGGAAGGGUCACUUCAAGAAGAGCCGCCUGCUGAAGCUCGGCAGAGACAGCAACUGCAUUAGCCUGCCCUCUGGCUUUGAGCACAAGAUCACAGUCCAGGCAUCUCCUAGCGUGGACAAGAGGAAGACUCAAGGCAGCGAGAGCACCACCCCUCCUGCCAGCCCGGGUGUCAUACCCCGACUCAGAGCCAUCAGACUGACCCCGAGCGAUGGCAGUAAGACGUGGGGUCGCAGCGCAGUGUGUAAGAAGGAGGACCUGACGGCCAACAAGAAGAAGGGGCGCACCUGGGGGCCGAGCUCCACACAUCAGAAAGAGAGAGUUGGCGGGGAGGAAAAACUGAAGUCACUGGGUGAAGGGUGCAAAGUGUGGUCAUCCAGCGCACCAAAUCUGGGAAAGUCCCCAAAACAUGCCCCCAUGACCGCCGGCUUCUCCAGCCUCAAUGAAAUGGAGGAGUGCUGUGAGUUUGAGGAGUCCCCGGGGUCCCUGCAGCCCUCAGAGACCAGCAGUAAUGGAGCCAUGGAUGACUCGGGGUCCCUGUGGAGCAGCCUGGGCACCAACACCUUACCUGCCAUCAGUGGCUCCUAUCAGAGCAGCAUAGGGACUGGGGCGAGUUACCAGGACUCACUCCGACGCAGCAGCCAGAGGAAGAAGAGCGACAUGUUGCUGCUGGGAUGUGCCUCUCUACUAGCGUCUGUCGGCCUUGGGCAAGACCUGCUGCAACUUGGAAAACUACAGGUGCUUCAGGAUGAGCAGGACCUCAAAGAGGAACAGCGGAAGAAGAAGGAGGGUAUCUUCCAGCGGACAGGCCGAUUCCGCCGCAGCACCUCCCCGCCCAGCAGAAACCUCUCCCUCUCUCUCUCCAGACAUCACGACUCCACCCUCCCCUGCAUGGACCCCUCCCCAUCGGUCACACUCCUCUCCCUGUCCUCUCUGUCUGACUGCAACUCCACUAAGUCCCUGCUCCCCUCAGACCCAGACGAGUACCCCCUGACCCCCAUGGCAGGGAUCAAAACUCCAGUUGCUACACCAGCUCCAGCCCUUAACCCGCUCCUGGACCUGCGGGCAGAGAGUUUCAAGAAGGAACCCAACCAGUCCCUCACACCUACCCACGUGUCUGCAGCCAUGGCCAUGAACAGAGGGCACAGACGGACCCCUUCAGACGGAGCAAUACGACCCCGAGCUCAGACUCUGGGGCACCACAGGACGCCAUCAGAUGGGAGCAUGCCGAUGCCUCCUCCACCUGGACUACACAAUAGGUCCUCUAACAAAGCUACACCGGACAGCAUUGACUUUCCUCGUCUCCCUGACCCCUCCACCAUCUUUCCGAUCCCUCAUCGACGUAAAGCCCCGCCUCCACCCAUCCUUGACCCACAUCCUCUCUGCCUCAUCAGCCCUCUGGAGAGACCCAAGACUCUUGAAUUUGCCCCCAGACCUAGGCCCACUCCGGCCAGGAUAAGAGCCGACCCCUGGAAGCUGGGCUCUCUCUCCCGGACCCUCAGCUCGUCCCCUGGCAGCAGUUGUGACAGCCCUCUGGGUUCUGGAGACAGCAGCAGCGCUGGCACCACACGACCCAAUCUGAUGGACAUGGACGUGGAGGGUCAGAGCUCGGACCAUACUGUUCCUCUGUGUGAGCAGCGGCAUCCUGCCACUCUGUGUGGACAACAGUACUCAUAGUGAAAUACAGCUAGUGGACAUUUUUAAGUUUUUGCAGUGAAACCUGAUGAGGACAUACAAGUUUGGGCUGAAAAGGAAGUGUAGUAUUCACACAGCAGCUUUUAUCCUCUGACUUUGAGAACAGAGUAGGAAGUUCAAAAGCUCUUUUAAUGUUAAUUUUAUUCCAGUUUGUUAGUCAUACAUAGACCCAUGUGUCAUAGUGAAAAUCCUGAGGGGAAAUCUGGCCUUAUUUCAAAGUAAAAUAGAGAAAUUUGGUAACCCAUUUGUUAACUUUAGUCAAAAGCUAAUGUAAGCCUUCAAGCACCACAGUCACAUUUUGCUAUUCUAUAUUAGAAGUGCACUGGCUAGUUUUCAGUUGCAGAUACAAAUGAAUGCCUUUUCUUUAUAUGGUGAUCCAGCAAUAAAUAGUUUAUGUUGCAAACCAGCACUAUGUUAGCAACAAAAAAAAAAGACUUUUUGAUAAAAUAGUUUAAAACUAGCAAAAAGUAAUAUUAGCUUUAAAGUCACUUUAAGCUAAAGAUAAUCCGUUUGUAAGUUGCGGAAAGCUAAAAAUAGCUUUUGUCACUAAUCUUUUUUUUCUUUCAAAUAUGGUGUUUUAAAAUAAAACUUGACAUCAUGUACAUUCAAUAGCAAAUCCUGAAGAGAAAGUAAAAACCACAAGUCAAAUAAAAAAAGCUAAUACUAGCAUUCAAACUUUUCUAAGUUAACAUUUUACUAACAAUUUGUUAGCUACAAAGAACAUUUGCUAGUUUUAUUCUUUCUAAGCAAAUUUAAAGUAGGAGAAUUAUAGCCUUUAUUAAAGAUAAAACUAAAUAAAUAUAUGGCCAUAUUUAAGAGUAUAAAACAUUUUGACCACUUAUUAGUUACUUUGAGUCAAAUAAAAGCUAAAGUAUAAAACAUUUUGACCACUUAUUAGUUACUUUGAGUCAAAUAAAAGCUAAAGCUAGCAUUCAGGCUCUCCCAAAUGAACAUUUUACUAACACUUUGUUAGCUACGAAGAACAUUAGCUGCUAAUGUGCAAGCUGAUGUCAAGUCAGACAUGAUUAAAAGCCUUAAUUUAAUAACGCUACCUAUGAUGACAUUUUCUACCCAACACUAACACUUUCUAGGAAGUUACUGGAUGCUAACAUUAGCUUUUGUAGCCUAUGUGUAUUUGUUGUUGCUAAUAGUUCAUCAAAUAUGUUGGUUUAUUAUUUUUUUGGCCUGUUAUCACCUAUAUUUAAAGUGAGUAUGCUGAGGGGGAAAUAUCGCCAUAUUUAAAAGAAAAAAACCCUCAUAUUAGCUACCCUUAGACAGGCCAAUACUAGCAUUAAAGCACUUGUUAAAUCACAUAGCUAACACUACAUUAGCCAGAAAGAGCAUUUGUUCUUUUUUUUUUGUUCCAAACUAACCUAGGAAAUAAAAAACUUCUCUGUAAUUCUGUAAAGCAACAAAUGGAUAAUGGUGGUAUUUUUUGUCAUUCCCUUGCUAAGUGGCUAGAUGUUUACAUUAGCUUUUCCCCAGUUUUACUGAAUCCGUUAUCAAAUAGGAUGCUUUACUUUUGGACUUAACAUAAUUUUCCCUCAUUUUUUAAGUGUUUGUUGGCUUCUCAGUUGCUUAUAAUUUAAAAGUAGUAGAUUGAUAAAAUCUAGGAUGCAGCCCAACCUGUCUCUCAUAUUAAAAGAGCAUUUGAGCUGCCAGCCUGAAUGUGGCCUCAGAGGAAAAUAUCUGCUGUGUAAAUACGACCAAUGCCUACUGACAUCUGAGCCGAGCAAAGUGCACUCACUUAAAAUCUGCAAAAACCUCCACCCCUUGUGUUUGAGGGUGCUAAACGAAGCUGUUUAUCUCAUGUGUCCUAAUAAUAAGGAGGGAAACCUUCCAGCUAGCAUCUCCCCUCUAGUGCUCUCUAACCCGCAACACACAGAGGCUCCUCAAGGCCUUUUAUAACCUCCUUUACCCAGCACUUCGUUCCCUCCAUAGAAGCCAUCUUUACCUGCUUGUCAGUGCCCCCAUGACCAGGUUGCAUUUCCUAAAAGACCUUCAAAAGCCAUUCAAGUACUUUAAAAAGCCACUUUGACUUUGCUAACUGUUCAUUUCACCUGCUUGUGCUUUUGCCCGUCUGCUUUCUGCUUGCACUUACGAAAAAGUUGCACUUCACCUAAACGUCCAUCACUUCAGGGGUGUUUCCUUAAAAGAAGAACUGGUUGUUUGACAUUGAGUCUUUGUUUGGUAUUUUGCACACUGUUUCUUGAGCUGAUGCCCAAACAUCUCCCAUAAAUCCUCUGCCUUCAUCCUCGUGUGUCAUCUCUCUGCAUGAGGGUCAUCCUCCUCCUUUCAAGGCUGAGACAGGAAAAAAUCUUUUCUAACAGCACUGCUGGGUUGUUUAUUUUCUCAAGGCUUGCACCUUCCCUGCGGCAACCUGUUAGCAAAAAUGUUUUUCUAUUGGUUUGGCAGACAGAGGUGUGUUUCUUUCUGUGUGAGUGUGUAUAUAUUCCUGUACAUGUGUGAAAGAACAAAACUGGGCUCUUUUUUUUAAUUUGCGUGCUGGUGCUUUUUUAGUGCAUGUUGUUUUACGUGUGAAUGCUGUUUCAACUCUUUCAUCAGUUCGUCCAGACGAAAACAUUCCUCACUAGCAUUCAGUAGCACUCUGUUUGGAUGCCGUUUAUGCCACUGAAAUGGACACAAAAGGAGGAGACUCAGAGGGGAAUUUCAUGUAAGACUGCUCGGACACUUCAUAUUCCCCUCUGACCUGUUGUGUUUGACCUCUGUGGCGCUUUUGAAGCCAUGUUGUGCAAGUAAACAGUCUUUCUGUUGACUCUAUUCACAGCUGACAAAUCAACUUUUUUUCUGCAAAGUUGUUUUUGCACAGUGGACAGUGGUAUUUACUUGACUGUGCAAAUUUCUUUAGGUGAGUGUGUAUGUGAGUAAGAGUCUGAAUAUGUGUGUUUGUUAUUUGUAUGGGAUGGUGACAUCCCAUCAGUUAAAGAGUGAGCCCAAACUCAUUCUCCUCUUGUGGUUAAGAACACUGAGUAUUUAUUAAAUCUAUUGUUAUUAUUGGAAAGGAUUAAUUAUUACUAUUAUUAUUAUUAUUAUUAUUAUUACAAUGCUCUUCCUGGGAUAUCUGUAUAUAUUUGUUAAUAUAACAGGAGAAAAAAAACAAGGAAAACCUACAAAACUGAAACAUCCAUGUUGUCUCCAGUCUCAACCUGUGACAUUUCUGGGUUCAGUGAGGAAAAAGUGUGAAAUGUGAUGAGUGAGAGACGAAUAAAAAAGAAAGAAAGAUGA